CUCCUGUUUCCUGAAAACAUAGGUGCUCAGGUAUAGGGCAAACAUCAAACUGUAAACUUUCUGUCCAUUCUUAAAAGUUAAAAUCCCCAAAAAUGAGGGAACUGAGACCCAAGCGAGAGCCAUGGAGGGGCAGAAUGCAGAGGUGCUGCUGGCCAAGGAAGAGCAGGAGGAAGCAGAGAAGCUGUACCACAUCAUGGUGCACAAGGAGCUAGAACUGGAGUUCGACCUGGGCAACCUGCUGGCUUCUGACAGCAACCCCUCGAUGGUGCUGUGCCAGGCCAGGGCCUUGCUGGAGGCCGAGCUGUGUGCCCUGGAGUGGGAAAACCCAGAGCAUCUCAACAACCAGCUGUGGAAGCUGCUGACCAAGGCAUGGAGGAGGCGGUGGUAGUGUGCUUGCAGGAGCCUGACACAGGCCUUCCCCGCAGGAAGCCACUGCCUGGCCAAGGGCUCUCCCUUGCUGGUAGCAGUUGGUGAGCUUUAAGGGCAUCCAUCCCAAGAAGAGGACCAACCUCAUGUGGGACGAGGUGAAUGGCCAGUAGUGAUGCCCUUGUGGCUACAAGCCCUCCCUGGAUGACACUGAGGAGUGGCUGAUGGAGGUCCCUGGGAGCGCUAACACCAUGGAAGACCAGUUCUCCAAAAAGGAUUCAGGCCAAGAAGAAUGCAUGGCCAAGAACUAGCUGAACCAUCUUUGGAACUGGUCUGCAUGCACAAGAUGCAGAUGCCCAGCUUGGCUGGCCUGCACCUUCCUGACACCAGAGUAAGGGGGAGCUGGGCUGCACCAUGCAAGUGUCCAAUGUCUCCAAAGCUUCCUUGGGACACUUCCAGGAGGGUUCUGUUCUACCAGGUCUCCUGGGUAUACACAUAUUCCACAUUCUGGGGAAAAUUAAAAGGUUUUCUAGUUCCAAACAAUUUGGAGUAAAUAUGUAUUUGUUCACCUAUGAGCCUGUGAGUGUAUGUGCAUGGUUGUGGGCUUGUGUAUAUGUACA